AUUCAAUGAGAACAUAAUAAUGUGUGUGACUGUAAAGGACGGUACCUCUCGAUGAUUGCAAGUAGAAAAACUUUCAGAAUUAUAGUAUGCACAGAAGAUGAAAAGAACGAGUACUCCGUAAUAAAUAUCUAAACGACUUUACGUUUCGAUUUUUUAAUGACCAUUAUUAUUGUUACUGGGAUUAGAAAUUGAUCGAACUAUGUAAAACUACAUAGUCCGUUGCAAGACGUCCUUGCAUGGUUACAUUUAAAUAAAACUCUUUGACGUACGUUCACGAUAGUAAAACACGUUAUCUAUAAUAUUUGUUAAUUGUGUUGUAUUAGUAGCAAGAUGUAAGACGCGAUAUUUUGAAACAGAUGCGCGAUUAAUACUUAGAAAUAUUACUUUCUAGUUAUAUUCACACGAUUUAAGAUUCUCCGUCUGAUUCUCAAACUAAAGUACGCGGUCUAUGAGUUGAGUAAAUAAAAUUUAUCGCAGACAUUUACAUUCAGUGUUAAGUGUGCGAUUUAAUCAUCAAAAGAGACUAUACUUUUGUGCAGCACAUUGAUAAGUUGUUUGUAAAGAAAGCGAUCCAAAUAUGCAAAUACUUACACUACAAUUUUUAGUGUAUAACUUUUGUGGUUUAUGGCGACCUAGUGAAUGGUCAUCCAAUGCCGCAAAACUAUUAUACAAUGUAUUUACCUUUGUUAUAAUAUCUUCGGAAUACUUUGUGGUGUUAACUCAAUUUAUGGAUAUAGUACUUAUCGUCGACAAUAUCGAUGAUUUUGCCAAUAAUACUCUAAUAUUCCUGACUCUUGUUGCCGUAUGUUGCAAAGCGACAGUCGUUGUGAUGCGUCGGAAUGCGAUUAUCAAUUUGAUGCGACUAUUGAUGAAAGCACCGUGUAAACCUUGUGAUGAAGACGAAUCGGCGAUACAAACAAAGUCUGAUAAGUUUAUCAGGUCAUAUUCUAUAAAAUACGCACUUUUGGCGACUAGCGCCGUUACAGGCACUACAAUAGGAUCAGUAUUAAAUGUUAUGCAAGGUCAUAUGCCUUAUCGAAUAUGGCUGCCGUGGGAUUAUAAUAUACCUCUAGUUUUCUGGAUUAUAUCCAUUCAUCAAAUUGUAUCUUUGCUUUUUGCCACAAUGAUAAGUAUCGGCACGGAUACCUUAAUCUUCGGAUUGUUUUUGCAAACGUGUGCCCAGCUUGAAAUUUUCGAAUAUCGUCUUCACAAAUUAAUAAUUAAUAAAACAGUUAGAUAUCUGGAACAUGGUCUCUCUUUGUCAAAUAAAGACAAAACGGAGAUAUCAGAGUGCAUACAUCAUCAUCUCAGCAUUUACGAAUAUGCCAAAGCGGUAAACGCUAUAUUCAACCAAGUGUUCUUCGUUCAAUUUUCUGGAAGCAUACUGGUAUUAUGUACAAGUGUGUAUUACUUGUCAACUCAUAUUGCGGAACUGUCUGGACUUGUGACUUUAUUAUUCUACACCAUUGGAAUGUUUGUACAAAUCUACAUACUUUGCUGGUCUGGAAAUGAAGUCAUGCUUAAGAGUACGAGCGUAGGGAACGCUAUAUAUUGCAUGGACUGGCCAUUACUAUCAAUUAACGAACAAAGGGACUUGCUGUUAAUCAUGAUGCGAAGCACAAUUCCAAUAAAGUUUACUAGCAGCUUCUUGAUAACACUGUCUCUUCAGUCUUACAGCAAUAUCUUAAAAAUGUCAUACACGGCAUUCAACGUGCUUCAAAAGUAAAAUAUAAAUAAACAAACGUGUACUUGGGCACGAUAAUUAUAUAGU